AUGGAGGAGGAUGAGGCCGCUGCGGCUAAAGCGUAUUUGGAGGCAGAAAUGGCACAAAAGGAGGAGGAACUGAGGAUCUUGGAGGAGAUGUCGGCCGCUACAGGUUUUACCCCCCGGCACUCUCUGGCCAGGUCCCCUCCGAGAGAUGGUGAUUUCGUCACUCCCGGUCUUCCACCCCAGACCCAGCGUUCUCGUUCACCAUCGGUUAAUCCUGGCACGUCCACCAAAAGAGCAUUGGCGUCACCGGAGGAGGUGCAGGCUGUUCCCCCUAUUGGCGGCAUAUUAACAUCGCAACCAAGGGCCGCCAGUGAUAGUAACCCUCCCGCUCCAAGAACACCGGAUCCGACACCCGAUCCUUCCGCCCAGGGGGGCCUUGCCUCCCUAGAUAAACUGCAGCUGCUGGAAAUGGUGCACAAGGCGCUGAAAGGCAUUGGCUCCAUUACCAAAGCGGCAAACAAGCUUAACAUGACUGACAAAGGUACCGUAGCCUCGCACUCGCAGGAUAUACUCGCCGCCGUCGCUGCCUUGGAGCUGCGCCUCGCAGAUGCAGAGCACCAGGCCAAUGCUGUUAAGCUACAGGUUGCCGCAAAGGAAAUCGAGUUCCUUAAACAGUCGGCGUGUGUUAGCGCACCGCAGCCCUCGUUGCCGCAGGUUCCUUCGUACGCGAAUAUGCUGAAACUUCCACGAGGUAAGGCCCCCAUCCCUGUCCAACCCCAAGGUCCGGCGGUCAUAUUCUACCCGGCUGAUGAGUCCCUAAAGUCAUCAGAGGACACCAAACGCACUUUGCAGAACGCUAUUAAGCCAGGAUCCGAAGGCAUUCGAAUACAAAGUGUACGGAUGGUUGGCAAGUCAGGCGUCGUGAUUCGGACUGCUAAUUUGGAGGCUGCGCAGAAACUCAAGGCAGCGGCACCACCAUCACUUAAAGCAGCGGACUCCAAAACUGGACUGCCGAGGAUCGCGCUCAGAUUCCUAAGGUCGGACAUAUCAGAAGAGGAUUUCUUAGUAGACUUACAGAAGGUCAAUCUGUCCGACGAUCCGGAAUGGUCCCUGGAUAAGGUAAAGCAAUCGUGUAAGGUGGCCCUGAAAAAGGAGGUAGGCACGAAGUUCCUUUAUAUCUUGGAGUGCACCAUGCCAAUGCGGGAUAAGCUCAUCCGGUUAGGCAAAGUCUACAUCGGCUGGGACGAGGCGGAGGUAAGUGACCACGUAAGGGCAACUUGUUGUCUGCGAUGCCAGCAAUACGGUCACCCUGAGAAGUACUGCAGAGCGAAGGAGAUGGUGUGCGGUAGGACGUGA